GUUUGCUUCAUGGAACCCAAGGCUUCGGAAAUGCAGUGAAGUUUGAAAACCAGUUUUUUAAGAAAUAGUACUCCUAAUAUUCUUCCAAUUUUACAAGUGUAGUGUCUGAAGGGCAGAUGCUUUUGUAUGGAUACUUAAGCAGCUAGUUUCUAUACUACCAAUUUUGGGUUAUAAUUUAAUACUUUAAUCUCAUGUGGCCUCCUUUGUCUCAGACCAAAUACUAGUAUGAUGUCCAGGGCUCCUACAUUCUGUGAAAAUGUUCUAUUUUGAAUCAUAUAUAAAACAGACCUAAAUUAUGUUUUGUGAUUGCAGGAAUAUGUUCCCUCUCAAGCCCUGCAGAAACUGUAUUUUUUUUGCCUGUCUGCAUUCCACAAGGAGUUUCAAUCAGUUAAGAUAGUUUCCAUUUCCCAUUUGAAAACUGUUGAAAAAACAUGAUUGAGAUUUGCAUUUCAAAAACUGAUAGGAAGGCCAUUAACUAAGAGUAUCAUUUGUAAAGGCUUUGAGAUGAAAAAAAAAAAGAGCUUUUUAAAAAAAGUAAUAAUACAUCCCAACGACAUAAUUUAAAAAUAUAAUCUUGUGUUCAUGUGAUAUUUCCAUUUGGUCAAUCUUUAAAGUGAAUAUUGAACAAUCCUAGGCUAUGUGGUAGAGCAGAAUGAGGUGGAGAAAAGAUCAGAAAAAAAAUAUGACAAUGACAAAUCAAAAUUCAAGAAUAAGCAUCUCAAAAUAUAAUUGAGCUCAGUGUAUUUCAAUUUAUACUUCGAAAAUACAGAUACUAUAAGGGAGUGAUAUUUUUUACCUCAUCUAAAAGGGAACUGAGGUUUAGAGAAGCUAACUAUCAUACCUGAAUGUUGAAUCCUAAAUCUUAACUUUUGACAGACCUUUUUUUUUUUUUCCCUUUUUUUUUAGGCAGACCUUCCACACGAUUUUAGCUUCAGAAGUACGAAGUAAACAUACUUUCUCAAUAAACCAUACAGUUCUGGUUUUUCUGGGCCAGUAAAGGAAAAGGAAUGAUUUUAAAACUACGAAAUGGGGGGAGGGGAGAGGAGGAAAUGCUCAGAGCUGGAUCCCUGACAUUUCUAACCGAGGGCACUCUUAGCUGGACUUUCUGGGAAACCUCUUCGUUUCCAAGUACUUAGAUCGCUGAGACAACUAUCAGCUUCAUAGACCGGCGUAAUCUUGAGAUUAUUCUAGGUAGAAUUUCUGGAAACAUUUUUCUAACCCUCCCUUAUUACUCGGGGUAUUCUUCUCGUUUUAGUGUCCACGCUUGGGUUCCCAUUCUUUAGCUGUCCCAUCGUAGUAGGAAUCAAAAGGGGAACUUGUUGGAAGCGCUUCCUCACCUCCCCGCCCACUGCUUGAUCCUAAAUGAUGCUUCAGAGUUCACCUGCUUUAUUACUAGAGGAUUUUUAGAAAUUCGAUGUUGCGUUGUAAAGAGCUUUUCAAACCUUAAGUUUUGCUUAUAUUGUUAAGAUUGUAAUAAAUUAUUCUAAGGUGAUGCGUGUUACAUGGGAAGAUCAUGGUCGCUCUACUUUGGUGCUGCAGGAGAACGGGUUCCACCUGUGGAGAGAGGUCUAUCACCUGGGGGACAGACAGACAGAAAGGAGGGGCAACCGCUCCACAAUACGGAGGCGUGCGCUCCGCCCGCCUGCAGGGAUACCCGUCGCAGCUGCUAACCUCUGCAGCCAGGACGGUCCGGGGCGCCUCCCUCCGCACACCCCAGGGGACCGCAUGGCAGCUGCGGUCUGCUCACACAAAGGGGAGCCCGUGGCUCGGGGACCAGGUGUCGCCCCGCCACGCCCGGGCCACGGAGGAAGAUCCGAGUCAGAGUGGGGGGGGGAGGGGAUGCAGGCAGGCGUGGGCAUCCUCCACGCAGGGAAGGUGACAGGGGAGGGGAAAAAAAGCCUGACUCAUGUGGUAGCCAGGGACUCCUGGGAAGCAGAACUCGUGAUGCGCCCGCUGUGCUGCGGAGAAGAGCCCCAUUCUACCAGGGGGCCCGCUCCAGGCACAUGGCCCGGCGAUCCGCCCCGCCCCUCUUCUCCCCUCCCCCCGGCACUGCAGAGGGCGCUCCUCCCCCCUCCCCGGGGCGCGUGCACGCGCACACACGCCCCAAGCACGAAGGGAGCGAGGACACACCUCGCCCGCUCGCGCCCGAGCCCCCUCUCUCACUUCAUGCCCCACCCCACCCCAUACUGGCAGCAUCACGCUGUCCGUCUAGGAUUCGCUCUCCGAUCUCGAAGUCCCCGCCCCCACCGCGCCGGCGCCUGGGCACCCGACUUCAGACUUCGGUAGUUUCCGUCCAGAACACCCGAGCUCGGCGGCGGCGGCGGCGGCGGCGGGUCUCCGAGUCCCCGAACACCGCCCCUCCAUCCCCCCACCCUCGCCCAGCCCCGCCCCUUCUUCCCCGCCAGGCGAGGCUUUAUGUCUGCGGCGCCAGAGCGCCUGCGCAGACGCCAUCUUCCUUGGCCCCCUCCCCCGGCCGCCGCUGCCUCCUCCUCCUCCUCUUCUUACCGCCGGACGCUCCUCCUCCUCCUGCGCCCGGGCUCGGGAGCCCGUCCCUCCUCUUCCAAUGCCGUGAGAGUCAGUGGGGGAGACGGCAUAGCCGGGGCAGCCAGAGGAGAGCACUCGUAACUACCUCCCAGCCGCCCCCUCCCCAACCCCCAGGCGCACCCGACACCUUUCCCUCUCAUCCCGCUCCCUUCCCCCAGCCGCCCCCACCUCCUGCUCCAUUCAGCGGCGCCUGCCCGAUCGUCCGUCCGCGGAUAGCCCCGGCCCCGGCGAAGCCGCCGCCGCCGAGAGGAGCCUCACGCCCCCUGGCUGCCGCCCGGACGCCAGGAGGAGAACCUGCCCGCCUGCCUCCUCCCCGAGGGCCGAGGACCAGGAGCCGCCGGGCUGCAACCGCUAGCCCGGAGGGAGGAAGAUGUUGGGGCUCCGCCGCCGCCAGUGAUGGAGCGGUCCCUGGGCUGCCGUCGCUGCCACCGCCCCCGCCCGCCCGGCCGCCGCCGCCGCCCCCCGGCUGGGGGCGAGGAUCUCAGCCUGCCUCCUUCCUCUACCUCUCCCCCACCCCCUCCUCCCCUAGUGAAGCGGACUGUAUAAAAGGGGGUGGAGAGGACCAGAAGGAAAAGUGA